GUGUAAAUAAUGUAUGUUUGCUUACGUAAGUACUUGAUAAGUGUGGCAAAGUUUUGGAUAAAAACAUGAUACCACUCGCAAUCAAAUGUCCAGUGAAAAAGUGGCUAUAUUCUACUUUUUCCAAUAAAAAAUAGUGAAACUCAUCACAUAUUAUAUUAGAAUGGUAACUGAUAUUUAUUGUAAAAUUGUCAAAUAUCUCAGAAUGCAGUCAGUCCUUUGUAAGCAUACAGGUAAAUACAGCUGCAAGGAUUAUAAACAACUGACCAUGGAACAUUCCGACUUAGUAGCAGAAAUGGUGCACGUAGAAAGACUAACGACUCAAGAAAGGUUGCAUUUGGCACGACACAGGAGGCUCCAACAAUUAAAAGUAUGGCGUCAACGUGAAAAAGAGUGGAUGCGGCAUCAAACUAGACACACCAGCAACAAACGUCAUAUAUAUUUUAACGAUAGCGUAAUGCUCCUGGAAGCCGCCGCGAGAAAUGAUAUCGACGAAGGUGAUACGAUUCGAUUAUUUCUAUUUCUGCAUAUCGCAGCUGCCAAUGGUUAUCUAAGGGUAGUCGAGUUCCUUUUAGAUCAACACGUGUCGACUGAUGUUGAAGACAACGACAAAUGGCAACCAGUUCACGCGGCUGCAUGCUGGGGACACUUAGAAGUUCUUGAGCUACUAGUACAAAAUGGGGCCGACUUAAACGCGAGGAACAAACACGACGAAACUCCGGCUGAUAUUUGCGAGGAUCCGGAGAUUCGAGAGAGGAUAGUGGAACUCAAGACGGAACAAGAGAGCAAGAGAUUACGGGAAGCACAGGGAAGGCGGGUGCGUAGAUCUCAGAGCAUAAACACGCGUACUCAAAGCGUGAGGAGGACUUCUAUAAGGGAUAAAGUGUUGACUACGAAGAAAGAUGCUCAAGAAGAAGCUCGGCUCAGAUUACAAGCGCAGCAGACGUACGCUCCUACGGCUACGAAUGCCCCGCAAUCUGAAAAUGGAGCCAAUGCGCGGGAAAGUGCGAAUAGUGAAACAGGCUCUACUGGCCCACCUGUGGCAAUGCGUAAAUCUCCUGAGGGUAAGGACGAUUCUUCAUUCCACAAAGACGCCGACAAAGACUCAGUAACAGGAUCCGAAUCGCCGAUCGGCAAUCAGCAGCCGAUCUACUCGACGGAUGGCGGCGACGCCAACGGGAAGAUCAACAUACAUGUCUCGGUAGUUUUUGUCAAAUCGUUGUCGGACCUGAAGAAACAGAGGGCCCAGAAUCGGCAUAUUUCCACUGGAUCGAUCGACGCCAAUGGAAACGGUAUCCCCGUGUCGCCGAUCUCUAAUUCCAGUUUAAACGCCGCUGGAGAUUUUCAACGGUUCACUGGAAACACCAGCGAUAUUGUUGGGGAUAAUCAUUCGGAGAAGAGUUGCUGUACUGUUAUGUAAAUUACAUUUCCGUUCAUACUCUCUCUGUUAGGGUUCACGAUUUCUAUUGUUUCAGUAGGUACUCUUGUCAUUGUGUACUUAAGGGGGUGAAUUGCAAGUUCCUUUAGUUCAAAUUAUGUUUAAAAUUGUUUUAAACAGACGUUUUCUGUUAGAGAUUAUGUCUUCAGUGAGAGGAAUAUGAAUGAGGGGUAGACUGCCGAUUUUUUAUGCGAAAUAAACUAUUUAUAGUAUUCUCAUACAGUAUAAAAACGUAUUAAUAAUAUUGAUGUAAGAUCGAUUAUGCUCUGUAACAUGCAUGUCACAACGGAGUCAUGACUUAGAAUUAGUCAAAAUGUCCUUAUUGGGGUUCAAUAUAUCUCUGGAAUUUAUUAAAGUUUGCUACUAACUUAUGUUAUGUAGUAGUUAUGUAUUGAAAACGUCACAAAUGUUAGAGAACUCCUGACUCUCAAGUUACAAGUUAUAUGUGGGAUGAGUUUGAUUUCUUUUUUCUUAACGCAUCACAAACAGUAUUUCUAUUCCUUGUACAUUGAAUUUUCUUAUAAAUGCAUAAAGUCUGCAGUCUAAUAAUGAGGUUUGCUUCAACCGAGGCCCAAUGUUCCAUUUCUGGAACAUCAAACCAGUUAAUAAGAGUAAACUAUCAAUUUUCAAGGGCCUCGAGAGGCAGACGAAUUGAGUAGAAAUCAGAAAAGUAUAAAACGUUGUAAGAACAGGAGGCGAUUUUUCACCCAUUUUGUACAUAUAGUAUUACAGUUUUACAUAUAAAUGGUUAAUAUAUACAAACACCAAAUGAGAGAUUAUUCUACGGAAUAUAAGCUGCACGUUUCGUGGCUUUUAAACAUUUUGUAAUAUUUAAUGAUGAUAUUUCACGAUAUUACAACUAUUUCUUAAUUCUACGUGUUGUUAACGUACGUUCAAGUAAAAUCGUACGAAUGUUGCUCAUUGUCAGAUGAGGCGUUCGAUUGAAGCGUCUGACGGCGCGAUUGAUAUAUGAGAUUAUGAAAUUGAAACAAGUGCACUGUACUUAAGCGAGUAUUUAAGUAUCUGCGAUGUAGGAAACAAUUUUUACUUAAUUAGCUACUUAAGUUUCACAUAUGUACAUAACUUUAUUUAUUACAGUAUGAAGAUAUAAUGUAUAUUUCCAAUAAUGGUAAUUAUAGAAUUGUAUAUUAAACGCGCGUCAUUGCGGC